GAGGGAGGGAGAGACGGGAAAGAGUCAGAGUGUGGCUAACUUCAAAAAAGGGGUGGGAACGCUGAACCUGGAAGCUGAAAAGUUCUUCCCAAGCCUGUAAACAAGAAGUUGUUAGAACGUGAAGGAGUGAAAAUCAACUGGACGAGAAACUCGACACAGCAAGACCAGAUCACUUAAAAGGUGAAGAGCUAAACUGUUUUCCUAAAUAAAGUUAGACAAGACCAAAUAAGACAGCUUCAGAAUGGGAGAAGAUGCAGUGCAGGCAGAGAGGAGUAGCAUGGUGAGCACGCAUGAGAACCAGGAGCUGGUGGUGCCAAGCCCCAGCCCUACUCAGUCUUCACCCACCCAUAGCCUCUCACAGCUGGGCACUGGUGCUACCAACGCUUCCGCCGGAGAACCCAGCAGUCCUGGACCUUUGGCUGGAGGCACCACAGGCACUCUCCCCAGAGAUGGAGCUUCGCCCACAGGUCAAGUGAAUGCCAUCACUGUCCUGACGCUUCUAGAUAAGCUGGUGAACAUGCUGGAUACAGUGCAAGAGAACCAGCAUAAGAUGGAGGUGAGACAGGUUGAGAUAGAGGGGGCAGUGAGGGGCAUCCAGAACGACAUGACCAAGCUCUCCAAGAGUCACACUUCCACCUCCAACACGGUCAGCAAACUCCUGGAGAAGAGCCGCAAAGUCAGUGUCCACAUGAAGGAGGUCAAGGACAAGAUGGAUAGGCAGGCCGUCCAGGUGAAGAAAUUGGAAGCCAACCACGCUCACCUGAUCAAGAGGAACAACUUCAAAGUGCUCAUCUUCCAGG